GUAAAUUCAAGUAACCAGUCGGAGAAGAGCAUGAGCAGCACGUGACACUUCAAGGCGGAAAAACAUGUGAAGCGGAAUGUGUCUUGUUAGAAACGUCUUGGUCACACACUUCCUAGAACCCUGCACAAAAUAAGCUGAUUAGUCUGGGAGAUGGCCGGAGAGACAGAGGAUGAGAUCCCUGAGUCCGGAGCGGUCUUCACUUUUGGAAAGAGUAAAUUCGCAGAUAAUGCCCCCAGUAAAUUCUGGUUAAAAAAUGAUGUACCUUUGAGAAUUUCCUGUGGAGAUGAGCACACAGCACUGGUGACGGAAAAUGGGAAGCUGUUUGUGUUUGGCAGCAAUAACUGGGGCCAGCUGGGCCUCGGCACAAAGACCACUGUGAAUAAACCCACUUGUGUGAAAGCCCUGAAAUCAGAGAGGGUGAAGCUUGCAGCCUGUGGAAGAACUCACACACUUGUCUAUACAUCCCGUGGUAACCUGUAUGCCUCUGGAGGGAAUAAUGAAGGACAGCUCGGCCUCGGUGACUGUGAUGACAGAACUUCCUUCCACCUGGUGGACUUCUUCAGCAAACAUGAACCAGUCAAAAUGCUCUCUGCUGGUUCCAAUACCUCUGCUGCUCUGACGCAGGAUGGCAGGCUCUUUAUGUGGGGCGAUAACUCGGAGGGACAGAUUGGAUUGGGGAAAGAGAGUAAUUCACUGAAUCCACGGGAGGUUUCUGUGGGGAAACGAGUGUCCUGGGUAUCCUGUGGAUAUUAUCAUUCUGCCUUUGUUACUGUGGAUGGGGCCUUGUACACAUUUGGAGAGAAAGACAGUGGGAAGCUGGGCUUGUCCACAGAGAAGCUGGCCAGUCAUAAAGUGCCUCAACAGGUGACUGGCAUCUCUGAUAAGGUGGUACAGGUAUCCUGUGGAGGAGGGCACACAGUGGCGCUUACGGAUCAUGAGGUGUAUUCGUUUGGCCUGGGUCAGUUUGGACAGCUCGGCCACGGCACUUUCAUAUUUGAGUCACGUUUACCCAGAGUGGUUGAGCAUUUCAGGAGGGGCAGAGUUAAGCAUGUGGAGUGUGGAGAGAACCAUACAGCGCUAAUUACUGACAGUGGCCUUUUGUACACCUUUGGUGAUGGUCGACAUGGAAAGCUGGGGCUGGGAGAAGAGAACUUCACCAACCAGUUCAAACCAACCCUGUGUCCAAGAUUCCUUGACUAUUGUGUACAUUCUGUUACUUGUGGUGGGUGUCACAUGCUUGUGUUGGCAAAGCCUAGGCCCGAAGGGUCGGAGGAUUUGAUCUUAGAGGAGGAUGACGUCACAGAAGACUACUUCGAGAAGUCCUAUACUGAAUUACUGGGGGACACACACAGUCAGAGCACCCUGAACAGGAGUCUCUCAGCUCGGGUCAGACGCAGAGAACGGGAGCGGUCUCCAGAUCAGUUUGGACAGAUGUUUCGAACACUUCCAGCCCUGGGUGGAAAUCAGCUGAGUGCAUCUUUAUCUGUUCCCAGCCAGAUCCAUCACUCCCAUAGUAAACAACCAGGAAAGAUCCCUCACAACAGCCUCAAAAUUCCUGGAAAGAGAGAGAAGUCCCUCGAUGACAGAAGCAGUGUGGAGGAUUGCGAGAGUGUUAAAGACCUGGGAGAAACCGCUGACUUAUUAAACCUGACUCACAUAAUGAAGAUGGACCCUAGCGAUAAGACCCUCACAUUGUCUCCUAUGGAGAAGAAGAAAGUUAAGGUUGUGAAAGAGCACGGUAAGGAGAAGGGGAAGCCAAGAGAUGACUCUGCCCUUUAUAGAAAGCAGGCAGAGCUUUUAGCUCGCAAAGCACUUCCAACUGAGUUACUUAGAAGCUCAAGUGGGAGCUCAGUAAUCGGGGACAGUCUUGGGUCAGGGACCCCCGACAAGAGCCCUAAAAGACAUGGUCAGGAUAAGGAAAAUUUACUUAUUGCUUUGGAGGACAGAAGGGCUGCACAUCCGCAAGCUGCUAGAAGUAAUAUCAGAAUGGGGACGGACAUAAGCAGAGCUGGAUCCAAAUCCUUCCAGCCCAAACACAAACAGCUGAUAAAGUCAAGGGAUAAAGUCCCAGGAAAAGAUGCUGGGAAUAAAGAACAGAUGCUUGAGAAGGAACAUUCAAAGGUAGAGGCCGAAAGCAAAAAGGUUGCUCACAAAUUAAAAGGAAGUACAAAACCAAACCAGGAUGGUAAAACAAAACCCAAAGAUCGUCCAUUGGAUGUAAGUAGCCGGUUUCAAAAGGUUGUGGGGAAAGAAAAAGAAGUAAAAAUGAAACCCAUAAUUGUUGUUGAGCAAUUUCAUGAACAGACCAUGCAUGAGGACCAAGACCAAGCAGGUAAGAAGAUCUCAAAAGAGAUUUCCCCAAAGGCUCAGAGGCUGAAAGCUAAAAUGAAUCCUAGGACAGAAAACCAAAGUUUCGUCACACAGAGCAAAAAGUCAGAUUCAAAAAAAGACUCAAAGAGUAAAAAGACAACACAAGAGAUCUCCACUUCUUCACUUUCCUCUUGCCAAGAAGACAUUUCUACAAAAAAGACUAAGAGAUCAAAAGCUGAACAAAGCCAAUUGCUAGUAGGGGACACAAGAAAGGGUCCUACCAUUGUCUCAGAAGCUGCCUUCAAAUCAGGAUCAGUGUCAGAAUCUGAGCAAAUGAAGGAAAAUCCUAUCACCAAGGUGACAUCUUUUCUCCAAGAUGUGGGAAAGGAAAGUCCUGCUCGUUUACUUGGAGAAACAGCAAUCAGUCAAUUGCUUUCCCAGUCCAUACCCCAAGGGAUGCCAAAACAUUCUUCAAAACAGAGAACGCUAUCCGAUGUUUCAUCCCUGAGUGAGUCUUUUGAGGUUUCAGGAAAAGAGGAGACCAGAGAGGCCAAGAGGACAGCCAUCACCAUCAAUGUUAAAGCAGAACCAGAAACUUCAGAUGGGAACUUGGAAAGAACCAGCACUGAGUCCAAAACCGAGCUUCAUUCUGGUGUGGGAACCAAUAGAAGAAGUGAGGAGGAAGGAGGAGAGGAAUCAGAUGAAGAGGAAGAGAGGGAGAGCGAGGGAUUGGUAAACCGAGAGGUUGAGAGUGAGGAAGUGGAUGAUCAAGAAGAGGAAAGUGAAAGCAAGACCCUAGCAAAUGAUGAUGCAGUUCAUGAUGAUACAACGACUAAAGCUUCUAGUGAGGAUGAGGAAAGAGAGGAAGAGGAGGAGAAACGUGAAAGUGAGGCAACUGAGAACGUAGUGAGUGAGGCUGAGGAAGAGGAAAGUCAUGGAAUAGAAGAUGAGGAAGAAGAAACAAGUGAGAUAAGUAGAAAAAGUGAGGAAGAGAGUGGAGAAGAUGAGGAUGAGAGCAAAUCAAGUGAAGAGGAUGAGGAUGACAGUAAAAAAAGUGAAAAAGAGGAGAGUGGAGAGGAUGAGGAUGAAAGUAAAACAAGUGAAAAAGAGAAGAGUGCAGAAGAUGAGGACGAAAGUAAAACAAGUGAAGAGGAGGAGAGUGGAGAAGAUGAGGAUGAGGAUGUAAGUAAAACAUGUGAAAAAGAGGAAAGUGGAGAAGAUGAGGAUGAAAGUAAAACUACUGAAAAAGAGGAGAGUGGAGAAGAAGAGGAUGAAAGUAAAACAACUGAAAAAGAGGAGAAGGAUGAGGAUGAAAGUAAAACUAGUGAAGAGGAGGAGAGUGGAGAAGAAGAGGAUGAAAGUAAAACAAGUGAAAAAGAGGAGAGUGGAGAAGAAGAGGAUGAAAGUAAAACAAGUGAAAAAGAGGAGAGUGGAGAAGAUGAGGACGAAAGUAAAACAAGUGAAGAGGAGGAGAGUGGAGAAGAAUCACAGGGAAAGAUAGAGGAAGAGUCAGAUGGAGAGGACGAGGAGUCAGAGGAGAAAGAUGAGGAAGAAAGUGAAGUGGAAGGUGACAGUGAAGCAGAGGAGGAUGAAGAUGGUGAAAAGACUAGCAAAGAAGAGGAGGAAGAUUCAGAAGAGCAGGACAGUGAGUCUGAAGAUGAUGAAGAUGAAGGAGAGAGUGAAAGUGAAGCAGAGGAGGAGGAAAGUGAGGAAGAUAAAGAGGAGGAGGAAAGUGAGGAAGAUAAAGAAGAGAGUGAUGAAGAUAAAGAGGAGAGUGGGGAAAGCGAGGGAGAUACAGAGGAUGACGAGGAAGGAGAAAGUGACGAAGAUGAAGCAAUGAGUGAGGAGGAAGAAGAAGAGGAAGAAGAAGAGAGUGAAAAUGAAGAGGAAGAAGAACAGGACAGUAAAGACAAAGAGGAAGAAGAAAAUGAAGAGGAAGCAGCAGAGGAAGAGUCUGAAGAUAGAGAGGAGACAGAAGAAGCAGAGGAUCAGGAGGGAGAAGAGGAAGACGAUCAAGAAGAAGGGGAAGAGGGCAAAGAGGAGGAAGAGGAACAAGAAGAGGAGGAGGAGGAGGAGGAAAAAAAGGCCAAAGGAAAACUUGAAAAAGCCUCUGAAUCCACCAAACCAAAGUCAAGUGUGAAAACAUCAAAACCGCCGUCCAAAGCCAAACGGGCUCGAGCGCAAGACGAUCAGUCAGAUGAUGAGUCCCAUGAGUCUAAGCAGUUCUGGGAUGAUGUUCUACCUCAAUACCUCAGUCUAAAAUAAUUCCCUUUCAUACUUGACUUUUAUGUUCUUUCUUGCUUUUUCCUUUUUUGAUGUUUAUUUUACAUUUCUUUUUUUAUUUCACCAUUAUUAUUCAUGCAAUUCCAUUCAUGGCAUUCUAAAUGUAUGGCUUUACAUUUUUUAUUUUAUUAUUUAUUUAUUUAAAUGAUGUUUUCAUAAGUACUUGUAUGCCCAUGGAGUAAUGAAGACCUCAUCGUGUGCCUUGGCCAGCCAUGUUCGUUUACUAACAGAUGUGCUUGAUUUGCCAGUGACCUGGAAUCAACCCAAUCAAUGACUUUAAACUCUUAAAAGUGCAAAAAUAUUACCAAUUUUGUAUUUUUAAGAAUUUAAUGAUGCCUAUUGAGUCAGAUGCCUAACCGCAUUAAAAUGGCAGCUCAUAAUGUUUAUGACUGGAAGAAAAAAAUAGGAAAACACAGGCAAAUUGAGCCCAAAAUUAGUCAUUAAAUAUCAUUUAGUUAAAAUUUUGCCCUUGUGCUUGUUCUUUGAACCUUUUUUUUUUUUUUUUACAUAUAAUAACCAAUAAAACGAUUCUUUUAAAUCAACGAUUUUCAUCUGUUUUAUUUAUUUAAUUUUUUUUUAAACAUAGAUUAUCCAGGGACUCUAUAAAGACAUAAUUCUGUAUGCAUUAAAUGAAGAAAAACUACACGACUGUUUAGUGAAAGCUAUCUUGCACUACCGGAGAAUUCCAUGCAGCACCAGAACAUUUCAGAAUAUGAAAUAUUUACGAAGCACAUUUUGUAAAUAUGCAAAUAAAGAAAGCCAUAUGACAAUAUUGACCAACUUUCAAAGGCGUUGCAAUCAGGCAGAGUACUGAAAAUCCUUUAUUGGACAGGUGAGGCAACCCUCAUUUUACACCGUCUCUGUAGAGCUGUUCCUCCUAAAUAGAUCCCUAGUUCAUGUACCCACUUACUUGUGUGUGUUUAUAGAUGUAGUUUGUUAGUUUUAAUUUU